AUAUGGAAAUAAAAUUGGCCGGCGAGUGUCUGUCAGAGAGAGAGAGCGAGGGGCAGGCACAGAGCACGCAUACACUCCCAGCCCGCGGCUGACUCAGGCUCACUCCAGCUAAAACCAGGAGCAAUCCCCCUUGCGCCGAGUUGGAAGCCACAUGGUGUGAGGCUGGGACAGCGAGGAGGCUGACCGUCGCUUUCUGACCCCCGGAGAGGGGAACUCGCCGGCACCGGCUCCCAGGAUGGAAGAUGAAGCCGUGUUAGACAGGGGAGCGUCCUUUAUCAAGCACGUCUGCGACGCUGAAGAGGUGGCUGGCCACCACACCGUCUACAUCGGUGUUCACGUGCCGAAGAGCUACCGCAGGAGGAGGCGUCACCGGCGACGGGGAGUGGGCCAGAAGGAGAGGAGCAAAGAGCGGGAAAGGACAGCGGAAGCUUCCGACCGAUCUGACACCGAGAACAAUGAGGACCAGGCUGGUGGCAGCCUGUUCAAACCCCUCCUCUCGUCGGCGGCCGAGAGGAUCCGCUUCAUCCUCGGCGAGGAUGACGACAACCCGGCCCCUCAACUCUUCACCGAGCUCGAUGAACUGCUGGCCAUCGAUGGGCAGGAGAUGGAGUGGAAGGAGACCGCCAGGUGGAUCAAGUUUGAGGAGAAGGUGGAAGAAGGGGGAGAGAGGUGGAGCAAGCCUCACGUGGCCACUCUCUCCCUGCACAGCUUGUUUGAACUCCGCACCUGCCUAGAGAAAGGGACGGUCAUCUUAGACAUGGAAGCUUCCACUUUGCCUCAGAUUGUGGACCUGAUCAUCGAGGAGCAGGUGGCGAAGGGUCUGCUGAAGGCUGAGCUGAAGGACAAGGUGACCUACACCCUGCUGCGUAAACAUCGGCACCAGACCAAGAAAUCCAACCUGCGCUCCCUGGCUGAGAUCGGCAAGACGGUUUCCAGUGCAAGUAGGCUGUUUUCCACCUCCGAUAAUGGUAGUCCGGCGAUGAUCCAUCGCAACCUGACCACAACCAGUAUGAACGACAUUUCCGACAAGCCCGACAAGGAUCAGCUGAAGAACAAGUUCAUGAAGAAGUUGCCCCGUGAUGCUGAAGCAUCCAACGUGCUGGUGGGGGAGGUGGACUUCCUGGAGGCCCCCUUCAUUGCCUUUGUCCGCCUUCAACAGGCCGUGAUGUUGGGGGCAUUGACCGAGGUCCCAGUGCCAACCAGGUUCCUGUUUGUCCUGCUGGGACCGAAGGGGAAGGCCAAGUCCUACCACGAGAUCGGCCGAGCAAUCGGCACGCUCAUGUCUGAUGAGCUGUUUCACGAUGUGGCCUACAAAGCCAAGGACAACGAAGAUCUCCUGGCCGGCAUUGACGAGUUUCUGGAUGAGGUGAUUGUGCUUCCUCCGGGCGAGUGGGACCCUGAGAUCAGGAUCGAGCCCCCCAAGUCCCUGCCGUCCUCUGAUAAGAGGAAGAACAUGAUUUCGGGUGGAGAGAGUGUGCAGAUGAAUGGCGACAUGCCCCACGACGGUGGACAAGGAGGCGGGGGGCACGAGGUGUCGGACGAGCUGAAGAAAACUGGAAGGUUCUUCGGGGGCUUUGUGGAGGACAUAAAGAGGAAGAUCCCGUGGUACGCCAGUGACUUCUACGACGCGCUCAGCAUCCAGUCGCUGUCCGCCAUCCUCUUCAUCUACCUGGGCACGGUGACCAACGCGAUCACCUUUGGUGGGCUGCUCGGAGAUGCCACAGAAAACAUGCAGGGCGUGUUGGAGAGUUUCCUGGGCACUGCUGUCACUGGAUGCGUCUUCUGCUUGUUCGCCGGGCAACCACUCACCAUCCUCAGCAGCACCGGCCCCGUGCUGGUCUUCGAACGUCUCCUCUUCAGCUUCAGCAAGGACAAUGCCUUUGACUACCUGGAGUUCCGUCUGUGGAUCGGCUUGUGGUCGGCCUUCCUGACUCUGAUCCUGGUUGCAACGGACGCCAGUUUCCUGGUGCAGUACUUCACCCGCUUCACUGAGGAGGGCUUCUCCUCCCUCAUCAGCUUCAUCUUCAUCUACGAUGCCUUCAAGAAGAUGAUCAAACUCUCCCACUACUACCCCAUCAACUCCGACUUCCGGGUGAACUACGUAACCCUGUUCAGCUGCACGUGCCUGCCACCUGUCCCAGGUAGGAAUGGUCUGAAGAACAAGUUCAUGAAGAAGUUGCCCCGUGAUGCUGAAGCAUCCAACGUGCUGGUGGGGGAGGUGGACUUCCUGGAGGCCCCCUUCAUUGCCUUUGUUCGCCUUCAACAGGCCGUGAUGUUGGGGGCAUUGACCGAGGUCCCAGUGCCAACCAGGUUCCUGUUUGUCCUGCUGGGACCGAAGGGGAAGGCCAAGUCCUACCACGAGAUCGGCCGAGCAAUCGGCACGCUCAUGUCUGACGAGCUGUUUCACGAUGUGGCCUACAAAGCCAAGGACAACGAAGAUCUCCUGGCCGGCAUUGACGAGUUUCUGGAUGAGGUGAUUGUGCUUCCUCCGGGCGAGUGGGACCCUGAGAUCAGGAUCGAGCCCCCCAAGUCCCUGCCGUCCUCUGAUAAGAGGAAGAACAUGAUUUCGGGUGGAGAGAGUGUGCAGAUGAAUGGCGACAUGCCCCACGACGGUGGACAAGGAGGCGGGGGGCACGAGGUGUCGGAGGAGCUGAAGAAAACUGGAAGGUUCUUCGGGGGCUUUGUGGAGGACAUAAAGAGGAAGAUCCCGUGGUACGCCAGUGACUUCUACGACGCGCUCAGCAUCCAGUCGCUGUCCGCCAUCCUCUUCAUCUACCUGGGCACGGUGACCAACGCGAUCACCUUUGGUGGGCUGCUCGGAGAUGCCACAGAAAACAUGCAGGGCGUGUUGGAGAGUUUCCUGGGCACUGCUGUCACUGGAUGCGUCUUCUGCUUGUUCGCCGGGCAACCACUCACCAUCCUCAGCAGCACCGGCCCCGUGCUGGUCUUCGAACGUCUCCUCUUCAGCUUCAGCAAGGACAAUGCCUUUGACUACCUGGAGUUCCGUCUGUGGAUCGGCUUGUGGUCGGCCUUCCUGACUCUGAUCCUGGUUGCAACGGACGCCAGUUUCCUGGUGCAGUACUUCACCCGCUUCACUGAGGAGGGCUUCUCCUCCCUCAUCAGCUUCAUCUUCAUCUACGAUGCCUUCAAGAAGAUGAUCAAACUCUCCCACUACUACCCCAUCAACUCCGACUUCCGGGUGAACUACGUAACCCUGUUCAGCUGCACGUGCCUGCCACCUGUCCCAGGUGUGAACUCAAGCCUUCAUUGGAAUGACUCUGACACGGUGACCUCCGCAAUGCCACUGCUGUACAAUGACACCCUACUCACAAACACGAGCUUUGACUGGUCAUCGCUGUCCAAGAAGCAAUGCGUGAAGUACGGGGGCCGCAUGGUGGGUGCAAGCUGCCACUUUGUCCCAGACGUUGCCCUCAUGUCCUUCAUCCUCUUCCUCGGCACCUACACCUGUUCCAUGACCCUGAAGAACUUCAAAACCAGCCCCUUCUUCCCAACCAGGAUCCGAAAGCUCAUCAGUGACUUUGCCAUCAUCCUGGCCAUUCUGAUCUUCUGUGGACUGGAUGCCCUGGUUGGAGUGGACACACCAAAGCUAAUCGUGCCAAGCGAGUUCAAGCCAACGAGCCCAAAGCGAGGGUGGUUUGUGCCGCCAUUUGGGGGCAACCCGUGGUGGGUGUGCCUGGCGGCUGGCCUUCCUGCCCUCCUCAUCACCAUCCUCAUCUUCAUGGACCAGCAGGUCACCGCCGUCAUCGUCAACAGGAAGGAGCACAAACUGAAGAAAGGUGCGGGCUAUCACCUGGAUCUGUUCUUGGUGGCCAUCCUGAUGGCCCUGUGCUCAUUCAUGGGCCUGCCCUGGUACGUGGCAGCUACCGUGAUCUCCAUCGCCCACAUCGACAGCUUGAAGAUGGAGACGGAGACAUCAGCACCCGGAGAGCUACCCAAGUUCCUGGGGGUCAGGGAACAGCGUGUGACUGGCAUCAUUGUCUUCAUUCUGACUGGAGCGUCUGUCUUCAUGGCACCCAUCCUCAAGUUCAUCCCGAUGCCGGUUCUCUAUGGCGUGUUUCUGUACAUGGGCGUUGCUUCGCUGAAUGGCGUGCAGUUCAUGGAUCGGUUGAAGCUGUUGCUGAUGCCGGCCAAGCACCAACCGGACUUCAUCUACCUGCGUCACGUGCCGCUGCGCCGAGUCCACCUCUUCACCUUCAUCCAGGUGGUCUGCCUCACCAUGCUCUGGGUCCUCAAAUCAACCGUGGCCGCCAUCAUCUUCCCCGUCAUGAUCCUGGCGCUGGUCGCUGUAAGGAAAGCAAUGGACUACAUCUUCACCCAACAUGACCUCAGCUUCCUCGAUGAUGUCAUCCCGGAGAAGGACAAGAAGAAGAAGGAGGAUGACAAGAAGAAAAAUAAAAAGAUGAGCGUGGACAGUGACAACGAAGAAGAAAAGAUCCGCCGACAUUCCUUGAACGACACACUGCUUGCUGAUUCCACCCCCUUCUACCAGUCUGUCUCCAUCCCAAGCCCUCCCACCACUCCAUGGAGAACCGUGCCUCAGAUAAGGAUUGAACUUGAGCCCGACUACGAAUUAGGGUCGUUGUGGAGAAGCCGCGGCACGGAAACAUCGCUCUGAUCCCCGGCACACACAUGCGUGUUGUGACGCCGGGUGGACACGCCUGGUACCCGGCAACAGCAGCGGGCUGGGACCCGCGGGGGACAUGGGCACCUUUCACACCCUGUCUAUCCCAACCCACUCUCCCCCUCCCCCUCCCUCUCCCCGUGACUAACCUCCUGCCUGAAGAGUGUGAGGGGCCGGCGGGGACUGGGGUGGGGAGCCGAGGGGAUGAGUCUCCCUCCACCACCACCUCUGCCGCGAUUCUCCAGCCUGGCUCAGCGGUUCCUCCUCGUCCCGUUAAGAGCCAAUGCGAAGGACUAGCAGCAAAACUGCUGACUAUGCAAAGGUAACUUCUCCAAUGACACUUUAACCCUGCCUGUCGGCAAACCUAAUUACAGACAGAUCAUAGACUCCUCACACCUGACCUCUUGUAUUGAACUCCAUUAGCAUUGGGUCCAGUAAUUAUCAGGUGUAAUAUUUUUUCCAGCAGCAGACACGGUCUGGUGUCAGAUGUAGUGCUACCUCUCAUUUCUCGAUGAAACAAUUUCUGUAUAAAUGAUUAUUGUAUACUACUGUGAUUAUUAAUUUGAAUCUGACAGGUGAAAGCUGGGGGUCUCAAAAUCAGUAAUACUCCCUUAACAUAUCUCUGAAACCUUUUUUUUAAAUCAUUGCAGCAGAUUAUUUGUGACCAAGCAGUAAUUUAAAUAAUUAUGUUUAAAUGGCGUUUGUUUUUUGUACAAAUCUUGGCCUUAUCUUCCCCCCAUUGUGUGUAGAAACAUGAAUGUGAUGAUUUUGUUUAACUCGGGGACCAGGUUUUGUGCGUGGCUUGGCCACUGAUUCUGUUGCGUGGGAUGUUGGCACUGUGCUGGUUUUGCCCAGUGGAACUGGGGGAGGCUAUGCUCUCAACCUGCCUGCUGUUCCUCUUACUAGGUUUCUGAUGGUCGAGUUGGGGAAGCGCCGUGGUACGGCUGGUAGAGUUGCUGCCACACAGCACCAGCUACCUGGGAUUCACUCCUCCCUGAGUUUGCACCUUCUCCCCGUGACCGUGUUAGGUUUUACUCAGGGCGCUCCAGUUUCCUACCACAUUCCAAAGACGUGCGCGUUUGUAGGUUAAUUGGCUUGGGUAAAAAUUGUAAAUUGUCCCUAGUGUGUAGCAUAGUGCUAGUGUAUCGCGGGUUGGCAUGGACGUGGUGGACCGAAGGGCCUGUUCCGCACUGUAUAUAGAAAAGUCUAAAGGAAAGUCUAUUGGCAUAGACACAUGGAUAUGCAGGGAAUUGAUAGAUCAUUUGGAUAGAUACAUGGAUAGGACAGGGUUAGAAGGAUAUGGGUUCAAUGCAGGCUGAUGGGACAAGUGUAGAUGGGACAUGUUGGUCAGCAUGUUGGGCCGAAGGAACUGUUUCCAUGCUGUAUGACUAUAGGUAGAUCAUAAGACACAGCAGAAUCAGGCCAUUCAGCCCGUCAACUCUGCUCUGCCAUUCAAUCAUGGCCGAUCAACCUUUCCCACUCAACCCCAUUCUCCUGCCUUCUCCCCUUGUUCUUUGACACCCGUACAAAUCAAGAACCUGUAAAUCUCCACUAUAAAAAUACCCAUGGCCUCCACAGUCAUUUGUGGCAAUGAAUUCCAAAGAUUAACCACCCUCUUGACAAAAGAAAUGUAGAUAGAUAAAAUAUGGUGUUCAAGAAGGAACUGCAGAUGCUGGAAGAUCGAAGGUACACAAAAAUGCUGGAGAAACUCAGCGGGUGCAGCAGCAUCUAUGGAGCGAAGGAAAUAGGCGACGUUUCGGGCCGAAACCCAAAAAUAUGGUGUUGUCAUGCUGUCCAACACAGACAUGGGCCGAAGGGUCUGUUCCUGCGCUGUACUGGUCUGUCUUCUAUGUUCUAUCGCGGCAUUCAUGACAGCAGAGCUGAGAUUCAUUCCAGGAAAAUGGGGACUCCCCCAUCUGCAAUUCUUCCCCCUCCUUUUCUCCCUCACCCUUCCUCUCUCCCUCUCCCUCUGCCUCUCCCUCUCCCUCUCCCUUUCCCUCUCCCUCUCCCUCCCACUCCCUCUCCCUCCCCCCUCUCCCACUCCCUCUCCAUCUCCAUUUCCUCUCUCCCUACAGCACAGAAACAGGGCAUUUGGCCCAACUAAUCCAUGCUGGCUAAGAUGCCACAUCUAAGCUAGUCCCACCUGCCUGUGUUUGUGUUUUGUAUGUAAUUGUAAUCUUACAACAUGGAAACAGGCCCUUUGGCCCAGCUCAUCCAUGCUGACCAAGAUGCCCCUUCUAAGCAAGUCCCACCCAGACCCCUCCAAUAGUAUGAUAUUUCAUUCCUACCCAUGGUGCGAUGUUUAAUCCAAUCCUUGGAGAGCAGCUGAGAAAACCUGGCAUCAUCAGACAAUAGCAGAGCCUGCCAAUGACAACUCACGCUGACAUGGCCUCUCCAACGUAGGCUGUGUCUCUAGCACGCAGGCAAAUCAAGCUGUGGCUUCCAGGGAACUAUUUGUGGGGGACGACAAAGUGGGGCUCCAGCAGG